UCCUUGAAUGACAAUCAACCACAUCAAACUAAGCAUGGCCAACUCAGAGUCUUCACACAUUCUUCUGCUUCUUCUCCUUUUUCUGGCUUGUUUUAACUCUUCGCUACCUUAUGUUCUGAAAAACUGCACUAUACUGUAUCAGGAGAAUCCCUCCGCUGAUAUUUGUUUGGACUGCGCAAAGAGGAAAAUCGAGACAGUCCCAAAAGACAUCCCUAAAGAUGUUGUGUCAUUAAAACUGAACAACAACUGGCUUCAAAAAAUUAACAAAGACGAUUUCCUUGGCAUGUCAAAGCUUAGAACUCUGGAUCUAACAGUAAAUCAAAUUACAGAUGUGGACCAAGGGUCAUUUAUCGAUUUAAUUUUUCUUAAAACUCUCCGCAUGGGAAAUAACAAGCUUAAUUAUCUGAUAAACAACAUGUUUCAGGGUUUGUCCAACCUUACUGUGCUUCUUCUCAACAAUAAUGGCAUACAGUUUAUUGAUUCAAGAGCUUUCCAAUCCCUUAUUAACUUAGAGACCCUAGAUAUAGGAAACAAUAGGCUUCAACAAAUCACUGAUAUUCAGCCAAUCCUACAGUUACCACGAAUCCGAACUCUUGGACUAAAAUGCAGUGGGUUUUCUUCCUUCAAUACCAGGGACCUGCAGCUUGGUCUUCCCUCAAAUCUCAAAGAAUUGGAUAUUUCUGGUGAUUACCUGAAGGUUUUCAGCCUCACUAAACCAAUUUUUCCUUAUCUCCAUAGGGUCGAGUUCACUAUGUGUUUAUAUUAUAAAGACCUCCAAUGGGAUAUCCCUGAAAAAGAGUUGCUGAAGAACAUAUCACAUUUAUAUCUUGAGAGGCCAAUUCUUUCCGAUGAAGGGAUCACAAAAGUUUUGGAGAGUCUUGACUCGUUAAGGCAUCUGAGACUAAAUGCCCUGAAGAUGCGGGUUUACGAAGGACUAUUAUUUACAGUCUGCAAAAUACCAACGCUGAGGAAGCUGGAUUUGUUUAACAGCAAUAUUAACAAUUUGGCUGUUCAAAUAUCACUCUGCUCUCAGCUCACUGAGCUUGACAUGAGAAAGAGUGACAUAGGUGAACUGCCACUAGGUUCAUUACAAUCAAUGAAGCAGCUCCAAUCUUUAAACAUGAGUGGCAAUCAGCUCAUCAAAGUUCCAGAUGAUAUAAAAAAUCUAAGUUUCCUUAAGAUCUUAAAUCUAAAUUACAAUUAUAUACUAGAUUUGACCUGUUAUGAUUUUUGGAACACGAGUCUGUUAGCAGAACUUUACCUGAAAAAUAAUCGCAUUAGCUAUGUGGUUGGGUGUGCAUUGGAAAAUCUGGAAAAUCUAAAGAUUUUAGAUUUGAGUUUUAAUUCGCUGACAACAUUUGACAAUGAUCUAGUUCUUCCUAAUCUUGAAGUGUUGAAGAUAAACCGCAAUGAGAUUGGAUUUCUAAAAAUGAUUGAUUUUAUUGAUUUCCAGUCCCUUAAAGAGCUUGAUGUAGCAACAUGUUUUUGGGAGAUGCUGACACAAAAAGCAUUUGAUAAAUUAAAUAACGUGGAGAAUAUUACUAUAUCUCAUGACAUAUUUGAACUCAAGCACCUGGAAAAAUUAACAAUAAGGUUAAAUCCCCACGAAUCUUUGAACAGACUUCAAUCGACUUCUUCAAGAGAUAUAAUUUACUUAGAAUCUAUGAAAAGUCUCACAAUGAUCUGCAACUUUUUUUUUUCAGCAUUGGACAUGAAAGAAGUACUCUGGACUAUGAGAUAUUUGGAGAAUUUUACAGCUGUAAGAUUUACUUCUCAAGUUUCAGGUACAGACAUAUUUCAAUUUAAUCCCCACCUGAAGAGUGUAGCAUUCACAGAGGGAAAUCUUUCAGACUUGGAUGCAGAAAUUUUUCUGCCAAUUCCAAAUCUGCAGAGUCUUGAUCUUUCCGCUUCCAACAUAAGUUCUUUGGAUUUUCUGAUGCAGGCCAAUCUAUCAGCACUUAAAUAUUUGAAACUCACUGAAAACAAGCUUUUAUGGAUCAACGAGACAGUUUUCAAGGAUUUUCCCUCUCUAACAUACUUGGAUCUAGAUAAAAACCCAUUCACCUGUGACUGCUCAAAUGCAGGUUUUAUCCAAUGGGUAAAGAACAACAAGCAAACACAGGUAGUAAACGCUCAUCGUUAUAAAUGUUCCUUUCCCUCAGACAAACAAGGAAGUUUGUUACUAGAAUUUGAUAUCCACUCAUGUAGGGACGAUGGUAGCUUUUUCUGUUUCAUUUCCAGCUCUUGUCUCGUUGUUCUUACUCUUCUUACGUGCUUUAUCUAUAACUUCCUGAGAUGGCAUCUUACCUACACCUUUCAUCUCUUCCUGGCCUAUCUCUAUGACAGCAGAAGGGAAAAAAAGGGGGGCCCGCGUCGGUUUGAUGCAUUUGUAUCCUAUAACGUCCAUGAUGAGAACUGGGUUUACAAAGAGAUGCUUCCAGUGUUGGAGGGAGAGCAAGGCUGGAGACUCUGUCUGCACCACAGAGACUUUCAACCAGGUAAACCCAUCAUUGAGAACAUCACUGAUGCCAUUUAUAGCAGCAGGAAGACCAUCUGUGUUAUCAGUCAAAACUACCUGCAGAGUGAAUGGUGCUCCAGGGAGAUUCAGAUGGCAAGCUAUCGUCUGUUUGAUGAGAAGAAAGAUGUGCUGAUCCUGUUAUUUUUGGAGGACAUCCCUUCCCGGUAUCUGUCUCCAUGUUACCACAUUAGAAAGCUGGUGAAGAAACACACCUACCUAAGCUGGCCUCAAGCUGCACAACACCCGGAAGUCUUUUGGCAAAAUGUCCAGAGAGCUCUGAAGACAGGAGACACUCCGACUGAGAACACAGACCUGUUGAAUGGACCAAGGCAAUGCUGAAAUAGUCAAAGGAAUUUCUAGUGCAUAAUCUAAUAAGGUUAUCACCAUGGGCUUGCACCAAUAUACACUUCAGUUCUUUGGAGGGUUGGAAGGGACAACAUUAAAUAAAUAAACAUAUCAUGAAAUAGUUAGAUGUAAAUGUACCAUGAGCUAAACUUUGUGUGAAACAAAUAAAACCUUUAAAUGUCAUAUAAAAGCAACACUUUAUAACUUUAGCCCUUAAUUUUACCUUAUUUUGAGAUUUAUUCAAUAAUUUUCAGUUUAUUAUAGUGCACUAGGGGCAUGCUGGUGCUCUACCGAUGCUGGCCUUUUUUUUAACUUGCCUAUCUAACUGGAGAGAGUUGGAUAAUUUGCUGAAAGAGUCAUGUGACCUAAAGCUGGGCUUUAAGGUGGUCUGAGCUGCACAUAAAUAAUAGAGCUAAUUACUGUAUGCAAUAAAACUGUUUUAAGGUAAAACAACAAAAAAAAAAAAAAAAGGAUCAGACAUAUUUUUGCUUUUGUGACUUGAUCUUGGGGGGUUAAUGUGGCAUUGUUCUUCUCAAUCUGCUGGUCCAAAAUGGUCCAGGGGAAGAUUUUUCAAUUGUUGCACGUGUCCUAAAUGUGGAGGUUACAGAUCUAGCGUCUCUAUUUGCUCAAAAUGUUGCUUUAGAUUAAUAAAUAUGCUAUUUGUUUAUCUAAUAAAUCAUUAAAAAAUAAAUGCACAAAUGCAUAUAAUUAUAAAGUGCAUAAAUAGUUAAAUAUGCCUUUAAAUAAUUGAAUAUGCCUUUUAAAAAUGAAACCGAAUUAUUAUAUAAUUGCUUAUUAAAUCUCAUUAUAAAACAUUUAGAUAUACUGUAUGCAUUAUGUUUAUUUAGAUAUGCUUAUAAAUAUUUCAGUAGGUAUUCAUUUAUUAUAUAACGUAAAAUAGUAAAUUAACUAGUUAUUUGGAUUUACUGUUAUCUUGGUGUCAUCCCAAUAAGGCAUACAUUUUUUGAUGUAUAUAACAUCAAUAACAAAGUUUAAUCUACCAAAAAAAAGAUCAUACAUUUUUUUUAGUUGCACUCCAAUGUUGUCUUUUUCUAUUAUGUGCAAAAAGUGUACAACAAAUAGAAGAGUCAUGUUUUAACCGUACUAUAUUACUAUAUUAUAUAAUAGCAAUUUAUUUAUUGUGUCAGCUUAACAUUUCUUGUCACAAUAAAAAAAAUAUUUUGAUUAUGGUGUAUAGUGUUUUGUAUAUAUGUAACAACAUGUGUUUGACUUUGAAUAAGGGAAUUAGUAACAUAUCUCCCAUUUUUAUGAUAUUCUGAUUAAUUAGAUGCACCUUUUGUGUAUUAGGUGUGACCUUACAGGUUUGACAGUUUAAUUUUUUUUGGCAAGUUUGAUCCCAUUUAACAGUAGGAGAUAGAACUUAGUUGUAUGCUAAAGUUUAUGUGGUAAAAGUGCACAUACAGUAAGUAUAGUGACUGGUUUAUUAAGUAUACAUUUGAAUUAUUUGGACUAUUUAGCAAAAAGAAAACAGUUGUAUAGGUUGAUCAUGCAAGGUUUUUUAGCUUGAGUUACAUGUUUAAAAGAUGGGAAUUUAUCCAGUCACUUUGUACCAUUGAUUGCAGUGCAUGUCUCAAAUGGUUUAGCCAGACUUUGUUUUAAUAUAUGUAGAAAUGUGUUGUUUUUGUUGUUGUUAUUUUUUAUGCAAUGCUUUUAUUUGUUUGUUAAUUUUUUUAGGCUGUAUUAUGCUGUACUUGCCAAUUUGUAUCUGAGAUCCUUUCAUAUGUGUAGUAGCUUACAUGUUAGAGUUCCUCUGUUUUUUUUAACAUGCUAACAUAAGAUGAUGGGUUGCAUACUCCCAUAAAGUAAAGGAAAAUGCUUUAUUUAUUUGCUGUAGUGAUCAUGCCUUAAACUAUAACACAAGUUUAUAUCAUGAGGUUCAAGGUUAUAUCUGAUGUGAUCUCUGAAUAGUUUAUCUUUUUGUGUGUGU